AUGCUGCGGAGAUCAGGCCGGCGAAGCAAGAAGGCUGGCGAGGAGGAGGAGGAGGAGAAGUCCAUGGAGAACGGGGUGUCCCCGGAGCAGGGGGCCACAGAGGCCUCGCCUGAAGUGGGGAGAGCUGGGGAUGGUGCCCCCGCUGCCUGCUCGCAGCCCUCCCCACGGGUCCGGCCCAGGCUGGUCUUCCACACGCAGCUCGCCCAUGGCAGUCCCACGGGCAAGAUCGAGGGCUUCACCAAUGUGAAGGAGCUGUAUGCCAAAAUCGCCGAGGUCUUCGACAUCUCUCCCACCGAGAUCCUCUUCUGCACCCUCAACACCCACAAGGUGGACAUGCAGAAGCUGCUGGGGGGCCAGAUCGGCCUGGAGGAUUUCAUCUUUGCACAUGUGCGGGGCGAGACCAAGGAGGUGGAGGUGACCAAGACGGAGGAUGCGCUGGGGCUGACCAUCACCGACAACGGGGCGGGCUAUGCCUUCAUCAAGAGGAUCAAGGACGGGAGCAUCAUGAACCGCGUCCAGACCGUGCGCGUGGGCGACAGCAUCGAGGCCAUCAACGACCAGAGCAUCGUGGGCUGCCGCCACUACGAAGUUGCCAAGAUGCUGCGGGAGCUGCCCAGGGCCCGGCCCUUCACCCUGCGGCUGGUGCAGCCCAAACGGGCCUUUGAUAUGAUCGGGCAGAGGACCAAGAGCAGCAAGUGCCCGGGCGAGGGCAAGGUGGCCAGUGGCAAGGAGACCCUGCGGCUGCGUGCCCGGGGCACCGCCAGCCUGGAGGAGGUGCCCAGCGCCUGGGAGGAGGAGGCUGCCCGGAGGGUGGACGACCUGCUGGAGAGCUACAUGGGCAUCCGGGACGUGGAGUUGGCCUCAACCAUGGUGGAGGUGGCCCGGGAGUGCCUGAGCCCCGCGGAGUUUGCCAAGAGCCUGGACUCAGUGCUGGGCGAGUUCGCGUUCCCGGGCGAGUUCGUGGCCGAGGUCUGGGCCGCCAUCAGUGGAGCCAAGGGGGGCAGGAAAUAG